AUGGCGUCCAUCACCGUCAAUGGCAACACAAUCGUACCGAUCGGAUCAACAGGCGAGAGGUGGACGGUUAAUGCAAACGAUCAGGGAGAAGUGAGAUCUGCACCCGAUGCAAAGGAAUCGAAUUUCAUACUUGUGCAAGUUGAUCGUGUCCUCUCUGUUGAUGAGAAGGCGGUUUUGGCAGACCAUCAUGUUGAGAUCCAAGAAUAUGUCGCCGAGAAGACAUUUCUUUGUCGAUAUGAGCCGGACAAUCUGCAGGCCCUACGGCUAUUGCCGUUCGUCGUGACAGCGGACAUUUAUCAUCCAGAACUCAAAACAACCAUCUCAUUGAAGGAAAUGGUCGAGGGCGAACACGACCAACAGGACUAUGAGGUCGAUUUAAUUCUUCAUGAGAAUCCCAACGUGACGUCGGAGCAAUUGGCUCCGUAUGUUGCGCGAGCGGCUGAAGUGCCCGUUGGAGACCUCGAGAUCCUGGAGCGCAAGAUCAGAGUCACUGUUCACCAGGACAAACUCGCGGCACUCGCCGCUUUGGACAGCGUCAACAGGAUCGAGGAGGUCCGGCAGUAUGCCAUGUUCAAUGACCAGGCGCGCGCCGUUCUAUUUGAUGCGCUCGCUAUUCAGAGUGCUUCGAUCGCGUACCAAGGUACCGGGCAAAUUGUCUGCGUGGCCGACUCAGGAUUUGACCAGGGCAUGGCGGCGGACACAGAAGAUAUCAAGGUUCAUCCUGCCUUUUCGGAUCGUGUCGUGCAAGUCAUCGGUAUGGUUCCAGGUACUGCUACUCCUAAUGACCCCGUGGGUCACGGUACACAUGUCUGCGCUUCGAUCUGCGGUAAUGGGGUCUACAAGAACGCCGAAAAGGUUGAAGUACCGAUGAAAGGCACUGCGCCGAACGCGAGGAUAGUUGUACAGGCCAUGUCUCAAUGGCACACCAGCUUACGCAAGUGGAGUCUCAAGGUACCAGCCGAAACGUCCGUUCUUUACUCAGAAGCGUAUAAACUCGGGUCUCGGAUCCAUAACAAUUCUUGGGGCCCUAUAUGGAGCCCGACGACAGGACAGUUUGGAUACACAGCCGACGCGACCGACAUCGACCGGUUCAUGCGCGACAACCUGGAUUUCUGUAUCCUCGUGGCAGCCGGAAAUGACGCCGCAGUCAAGAACGCGGGCGCGAGCCAGAUAGGGGGCAAUGGAGCUGCAAAGAAUUGCAUCACCGUUGGUGCUACAGGAACAACGCGAGACAACGACGGCCAUAGAUACACGCAUGGCUUCAAGCACGGCUCCGAUGUCACUUCCGUGGCCAUCUUCAGCUCACGUGGACCGACGCUACCUGCACGCAAUGCGAACAAUGAAGCCACGGUGGGGAGGAUUAAACCCGACAUCGUUGCACCGGGCGUCGCGAUUCUUUCCGCCGCGUCUCGCGCGCUACCACUAGGGGAUCGCCGUCGUGCCGCGAAUGGGAAAUCAGAUGAUUCUGAUUGGAUGUUUCUGUCAGGCACAAGUAUGGCCACGCCUCUGGUCUCAGGCUGCGUUGCAUUGCUUCGUGAAGCGCUACAGGGCGUUGGAAAAGAAAACACCAGCGCGGCUUUGAUCAAAGCUUUGUUGGUCAAUGGCGCAGUGCUGCACAGCGGCGGAGCCCAGAGUAGGAAAACAUUGCCUUACGACUACGAGCAAGGCUUUGGGCGCGUAAACGUCGCAGCCUCCCUCAGGAUGGUGCAACAGCUUUCUUUCGUUGACGGCUGGCAAGGCAACACGGAAUACGAAAGCAAACAUACUCAUGUCCAAGACGCGCCUGUGCUGCGAGUCGCCUCAGAGUUGGACAAGACGUGGCAGAGCCCGCCGUUGGCCAUUCCCUCGACGAGUGCUCGCACGCGCUUGACUGUGACGAUGACCUAUCCGGAACCGCCUGGUGCGCUGGUGCAAAAUGACAUGAAUCUCAUUGUUCGUGCUGGCGUGGGAGAUGACGUCAUUGAACGACAUGGAAACAUGGCAGACGGCGACCAGGGAUUCGACUGCGAAAGUAAGUUAGCAUACCUCAUUACACAGCGGAAAGAUGUUCAAAUGAUCUGGAACGCUGACUUAUUGUUCUCCUCUACCGCAGAUACAGUUGAGAAGAUCAUUUGGGAUGAUGUUCCUGGCUCAACGGCUGUGAUUGUCGUCAAAGCGCAAGCUUUUACUAAAGAGUGGAAGGAGCAGACAUUUGCUGUUGCUUGGGAUCUGCAGAGCAUCUAG